AUGGAUUUUACGUCUAUUCCUUUUCAAACUCUUCUUAUUGAUACAGCAAAUGACGAACAACUUUUGGGAUAUUUAACACAACUCGACCAACAAUAUCGAAAUGCUACUGACAUACAGGUUCGUUUUGAUAGUCUUCAGAUCAUGUUGCCGAUCUUUAAGGCUCAUUUAAUACGAUUAAGCGAUCCAAAACGAGAACAAGACUCGAUUGAACAGUUUCUUUUGAAUUGGUUACAACUAACAGCCUUACGCUCGAAAGAACAUCGAGAAGAUAAUACUCAACAAGAGUGUAUGACUCUUUUAAGAAAGUUAUUUGCUUAUGUAAUGGCACGACAUAUCCUGUUAUACAGUCAAGACGAUAACUUUGGAGAAAAGAUGAUCAUCACCACUUUGACUUAUUUGGUGAAUUUAAUGGAUACUGAACCUGAUUUGGUGGAUCUGAAGCCCUUGGAAUUCAUAGAAUCUAAUCUAAGUGAUCGUCAUCUAUGGAAUAAAUAUAUAGCAUCUCAACUAAUGACUGCCAAUGAAAAUGGGCAACGAGAUCAACUACCUUCUUUAAGUGAGGAUAAUUGGCUUGACUUGACUUCAACCAUAGAGUUACUUCAGUUAUUUGUACGUGAUCUAAAUGAAAACCAGGAAUGGAAAGAUAUAAAGAAAAGAGACAUCUAUCCUUGGAUAGAUUUGAUCUUUACAGUUGCUGUAUCUAUGGUACCUUGUACAGAUAUUCCAGCAAGAACAAAGCUAAACCAUGAUUUAUUACCAAAUCUAUUUCGUUGGCAGCAAAAUAGUUUACAGCAAGUAGAAAUCAAAAAGCAAAUUGAUUGGUGCGAGAUGAUUUGGAGUCGUACACUUCAAAUGUUUGCUCUUCCUGCUAUUAAUCUUUUAAGAUUAGAAAUUUAUGGCUUAAUUGCUCGUUUCUUUGAGUUUUACUUUGGAAUCAAAAAUGAGACAGAUAAGAAUGAAUCAAAUAUCAUACUUAAAGAUCUUCGAUUUAAUCAGGAUUUUUUCAAUAUCUUACAGAGCGGUCUUAAAAGCAAUGAUUCAUCAGCACGUAAAUACUCUUCUUACAUAUUAAAACGAAUUAUUGACUUUACCGAUAAGCAUCCACCUCAACACGAUGAUAGUAAUAAAUGGUUACCUUAUUUUCGCUGGAGCUCUGAACAUGCUUCCCGUUAUUUAACCUUUUGGGAUGAUUGGUUCUUACUUUAUGACAUUAUGCAUGAAAAUGUCAUUCAUCUUGUUGAUCCUGUCUUGCCAAGAUUCGAACUCAUCCUGAAGGAAACAGACAGUCUCCAGCUUGAUCCUUCCUGGUGGAUUCUAUUGUUUUACCGAGGCUUUGAAAAUGACACACCUUCUGUUAAAAAAUGUCUUUUAGAAUACAUUUUUGGACAACGCCAGCAUGACGUUUUAAAUAAAUUGGCUAUCCAACCUAGUUUCAUGUUUGAUGCACUUUUGAAAGUGGUUGAUAACACUUCUCUCUUUCAGGUCCCCACUAUAGGGACCAUGGUAAGUCCAUUUGGUGAACAUUUCAAGACCUUCAUGACACAUUUGAUCCAUGAUGGAUUUGUAAAGGGUCAAGAGGAAGAACGAACUAGAGUUUUAAGACAAUUGAUCUGUCAUUUGUCACGUGUUGUGAACAGUCCUUUACCCAUUUUAUAUGCUAUGGAGGCCUUGGCUGAGGUAGAUGAGAGAGUAGUCGAUGCUUGGGGUCCUGAAGAGUUAAAGUCAUUAAGAAUCCUUGUUGAUCGACAUCGUAACUUCAAUAUCUCUACUACAAAACAAUUUUUGCGUAAAUUGGGUAUUCAAGCAGUUGUUAAACUUAGUAAUACAGCUCUUCUUUCAUUUUCAGAUAUUGCAAAAACUAUUUCUUCUCUAGUUAACGAAUAUCCAGUAAAAACGAAUUCCAGAGAAUUUAAAUUAUUACGUUACUGGUUAGAAAACAAAAUCUCAAAAGAUCAGUCAAUUUCAACUAUCUUGGAUGGUUUAAAAGAACGUAUCAAGACUUAUGUGUAUGAUUUGGAAACUGAGACAAUUCCUGAAGCAAUAUUACGUAAUCAAGCGAAUGUAUUAGUACGCACUUCUAUCUUUGUUAUUAUGGAUAAAAAUGGACAAUUAGAUAUGAAUCGAGCAUUAGAUCUUUUCUCCGUUUUUUCGAAGCAAUUAAAGGAUUCUUCCAGACUUCUAACUUUACUUAAUGCCUUAUGGGAAAAUUGGAGUCAUACGUUUGAAGAAACAAGCGGCAAAGAUCUUUUGAAACUUAUUGGCUUAGACGAUACUAGUGAAAGUAUUUUUUAUAUAUUGGAAAGAAUAGAUAAAAACUAUCUUAUUGUAUCAGAAGUUAGCACUACCGAUGAUGAUGUACUAGAAUUAUAUCUGUCAUUGACAAAGUAUUUCUUAUUAUCAUUGAAUGGAAAUAAGAAGCAACAACAGCAGCUUAUUCAAAACUAUUAUAACAAAUGUCUUGAAUUAAUACAAUAUCGUUCAUCUAUGAUAGACCCUAAUCAUGAAAUGUUGAAAGCAACUUAUCUUCACUUAUUAAGCAUAGUAUAUGAAGUCGCAAGACAGCCAGAAUAUAUCGGAUUAUUAGCUUGCGAUUCUACUAUAACGGAUAUGGUUGUUGGUCUUCAAAUGAAACGUACACAAGAAGCAUUACGCAACAAGACAUGGGGUGAUUCUGUAUCUACUUUUAUUCGUAAUAAAUGGAACUGUAUUGAAAAUAUAGUUCGUUAUGCAGCUAUAAUUAAAAAGAAGAUGGAUCAAGAUCCAUCGUUAUCUUAUACAUUCUUUGAACCAUCCACCAUUUAUGAAGAAGCUGUUGAACAACUUGAAUGUAGUUCUGAACAAUCAGGAGAAUCUAUCAUUCGUAGUUUUGGUCCCCUUUUAGCUUUCCCUUCUUGGGAUAAGACUGCUGAAUUAGUAAACCUAGGUGUUGAUCGUGCCCUUGCCUUUAUGGAAGAAUAUGCUCAACAAUCAAAGACAUUCCCUCUCUUAUUUAAAGCCUUUAUUGAUGUCCUUUUCCAACCAGAGUUACUCUCAAUUCCUGAGCUUAACAAUUCAAAUGAGGCUCCCUUGAAACGAGCUCUACAAAAAAUAUUGGAUGUAUCAGAGAUUAAACCCUUCUUUGCUGCUCAAACAGCUCAUUUGCUUCAUGCCUAUUGGUCAACUUUUACAAACGAAGCUAAUCAAUCCAUGCUUAAUUAUAUACAUGAAUUAAGAAAGUUACUUGUGUUUGGACCCUUGAGAGAUCGUGAUGAUCAAAAGUUGGAAGCUGCUUUGGCCACAAAAAUAGCAUCACCUGAAGAAAUCUCGGCAUCAGAAGGCACUGUGGAAUCGGUAUUUAGCCAAAAUGAUUACCUUGUUCGUGUUAAAAUGAAUGAUUUGUUGUUGAGAUUAGAUGGAAACAAUAAGGACCAUGUAGAACUUGCAAAUCUGUUAUUAGAUAACUUUUUAGAUGUUUUAAACAAUAGCGAUCUGUUUGAAAAUACAUUUGUGGCUACUGUAGAACAUAGAUUAAAGAUUCGUAUAUGUUGUUCGAUGCUUUUAAUUAUUGAUUUUGCUUCUGAGGACAAGUUAAAUAACUAUAUGGAGAUCAUCUUUGAUAUGAUGCGUAAGGAAACAGUUCCCUCUGUUCGAUGCUAUAUUGAAUGGUCUAUGGUUCGUCUUUUACGUCGUUUCCCUGACCGUCUCCCACUUUACUAUUCAAAACUCGAUGACACUAGUCAUAAGCCCAAUUAUGUUAUUUCCCUUCUUACAAUUGCCUUUACCUUAGGUGAAGUUCUUCCUUCUGAACAUGGAGAAGUCAAAGACUACUUUGACACUAUCUUUGUCCGUUUGGUACCCUGGUUAAUCACAAAUCAUUUCGUGAUUCGCUUAUUUGCCUUUUGUGCAUGGAGACGUAAUUGGCAAGCGUAUAUUAAACGAGGUUAUUAUAACAAGGAUGAACAACAUGAUCCUUAUAUUGCUUCCAUCUUGAAGUUCAUGGAGACUUACUCAGAUUGUAAAAAGUUCUUUGAUAAGAUUGAUGCACACUUUUAUAUGUCAAGAUUUGAUCCUCUUCAAGACUUUAAUAUUGAAUUUAUCUUUCGUCAAAUGAUGACUGAAUUUGAUAUGAUUCAUAAUGAAAAGAUUGGUUCUAGAGCAUUUAUUCAAGUCAAUUCAAAAGUAGUAGAUCGUUGUCCCUUUGAAAACUCAUCUCGUAAAUCUGUCUAUACAUGUGCUGAUCCUACAGAAAAGAUUGGUACAUUAGUAGGAGACGAAGAAGAAGAAGAAGAAAGAUUAGAUAAGAAAGAGUCUGAAAUGAAUCCCUCUGAAGAUGUCUAUCAAAAGAAAAUCAUGCCUUGGGAAAUGAUGCUUGAAACAGAUAUGGAUAUGACAAAGAGUCUAGUUAAAAAGAAUAGUAGACGUCGUAAUGACCUUAUUGUAGUAGCAAGUUUAAUUGAUAGAUUACCCAACUUGGCAGGUCUCUGUCGUACUUGUGAAAUAUUCAAUGCAUCUCAAUUAGUUGUCCCAACCUUAAAAAUCAAGCAAGAUCCUGGAUUUACAAGUAUUAGUGUUGCUUCUGAAAAGUGGAUGCCGAUGGUAGAGGUAGGACCUAAUGAUGUUGCUGCCUUCUUAGCAGCCAAGAAAGAUGAAGGUUAUACAUUAUGUGGUUUAGAACAAACAACAACAAGUGUUCGAUUAGAUGAUCCAAACUUUGAAUUCCCUGAGAAAUGCAUCUUAUUAUUAGGUAAAGAAAGAGAAGGCGUACCAGCUGAUUUGUUACAAAUGUUAGAUAUAACCAUUGAAAUCCCUCAAUAUGGUAUUACCCGUUCUUUAAAUGUUCAUGUCAGUGGUGCCAUUUGUAUCUAUGAAUACACAAAACAAAUGAGUUGGAAACAGCAACAGAUUUUAGACCAUUAA